AUGGGGUUCUGUAGAGGUUUAGAGAAUAAUGCAGCUGAGGGAGCGGAUGGUUUCAAGGAUUUUCUCCAAAUUAUAGACGAAUUGGAACGCUUGGGAGCAGAAAACGAUUGGUGUAAAGAAGUUGGCGAGAGGCUUCGGAAGAGCAAGUUGUAUUUGAAGACUACAUACCGUAAUCAUUGCAAAGAGGAUGAUAGCAAAUGUGCCGAUCACUGUAGGGUCUUUGCACUGAGCGAUGCUGGUGACACUGACUUUCAGAAAAUAUGCAGUCACAGUCACAAAGUGAAGUGUGAGGAUUGUGAGAAGCUGAAGAAUGUUCUUGAAGAAGUAAAAGGCGCUAUUUCUGAGUACACAAUGCAACUGGGUAUGUUUCAAGCGGAAGACGAUCUGUAUGAAGCAAAAAAUGCUGCCGCUAAGAUCUUUGAAUGGAGAGGGCAUAUCCUUAGAGCAGAGAACCAGGAUUGGUACAAGCGGCAAAUUGUCGAUACUUUGAAGAGAGAUGAAACAUUUAUAAUAGUUGACUGGACAAUGAAGUUCAUAGCGAUGAAGUUCUGGGAAAAGCAAGUAGAAUGA